GGCUGUCUCUGCUUGUCAAAAGGCAGCAGCCGAGCCCGAGGCGCCGGGAGCGCGGAGCAACGUGCCCACCAGCUCGCCAGACCAGAGUCCUUUUGGUCGGAAGUGUCUGCGAGACCUCACAGAAGGGCACCCCUGGGCUCAGCUUACCUGCACGCCUGCUCCUUCAGGGAUGGAGGCGAUGGCGGCCAGCACUUCCCUGCCUGACCCUGGGGACUUUGACCGGAAUGUGCCUCGAAUCUGCGGGGUGUGUGGAGACCGAGCCACGGGCUUCCACUUCAACGCUAUGACCUGUGAAGGCUGCAAAGGCUUCUUCAGGCGCAGCAUGAAGCGAAAGGCAUUAUUCACCUGUCCUUUCAACGGAGACUGCCGCAUCACCAAGGACAACCGCCGCCACUGUCAGGCCUGUCGGCUCAAGCGCUGCGUGGACAUCGGCAUGAUGAAGGAGUUCAUCCUGACGGAUGAGGAGGUGCAGCGGAAACGAGAGAUGAUCAUGAAAAGGAAGGAGGAGGAAGCCUUGAAGGACAGUCUACGGCCCCGGCUGUCGGAGGAGCAGCAGCACAUCAUCAGCAUCCUGCUGGACGCCCACCACAAGACCUACGACCCCAGCUACGCCGACUUCAGCCAGUUCCGGCCUCCGGUCCGAGGGCCUGAGGGUGGAGACAGCCAUCCAUGCAGGCCGUUCUCGAGACACAUGCCCAGCUGCUCCGGGGACUCGUCGUCCUCCUCCUGCUCCGAUCAUUACAGCACCUCCUCAGACAUGACGGGGGCGACCAGUUUCUCCAACCUGGAUCUGAGCGAAGAGGACUCAGAUGAAUCUUCUGUGACCGUCGACCUGUCCCACCUCUCCAUGCUGCCCCACCUCGCUGACCUGGUCAGUUACAGCAUCCAAAAGGUUAUUGGCUUUGCCAAGAUGAUCCCAGGGUUCAGAGACCUGACCUCUGAAGACCAGAUUGUGCUGCUGAAGUCAAGUGCCAUUGAGGUCAUCAUGUUGCGGUCCAACCAGUCCUUCACCACGGACGACAUGUCCUGGACCUGUGGUGGUGAGGACUACAAAUACCGCAUCAGUGAUGUGGCAAAAGCCGGACACAGCCUGGAGCUGAUCGAGCCACUCGUCAAGUUCCAGGUGGGGCUAAAGAAGCUGAACUUGCAUGAGGAAGAGCAUGUCCUGCUCAUGGCCAUCUGCAUUGUCUCUCCAGACCGUCCUGGAGUGCAGGAUGCUCCGCUGGUUGAGGCCAUCCAGGACCGCCUGUCCAAUACACUGCAAACCUAUAUCCGCUGCCGCCACCCGCCCCCAGGCAGCCACAUGCUCUAUGCCAAGAUGAUCCAGAAGCUGGCUGACCUGCGAAGCCUCAACGAGGAGUACUCCAAGCAGUACCGCUACCUCUCCUUGCAGCCUGAGUGCAGCAUGAAGCUCACACCCCUCGUGCUGGAGGUGUUUGGCAAUGAGAUCUCCUGAUUACAGCAGCCUGUGGUGGUGCCUGGGUGGGGCUGCUCCUCUGGGAACCUGUGCCUGGGCCUAGGGCUGGCUGCUGCCCAGCAGCCCUUCCUACCCACUCCGGAGUAUAGCCCCUCCCCUCCCACCUCUUCUCCCUGUCCUGUCUGUCCUCUUUCCUGCCCAACCUAACACCAGGCCCCUGCUACCUAUAGGCCGCAGGCUGACCCCAGCCCCUCAAGACCUCAGUUGUGAGGAGUUGCUGUUUAUUUGACAGAGACUGAAAUGAGGGCAGAGGGCAAAGGCCAAAGGUGGGGCCUUACCUGGGUAUGCCAGAAGUAGUUGCUGGCUGGUGCCCAGGGAUUAGGUAGGCAGGAAAAACACACCCAUUCCUCAGGGAGAGAUACCUAUACCUCCGCCAGUUCAGGUCCAUAUGUCCAGACCCUGGUGGGGAUCUCCCUCCCCUUGUUCCACUCAUGAUCAAGAACUGGCCACCACCCCCACUUUACCCCCAGCUCAUCCUGCCUCCACUCUGUGUGUUCUGUUCCAGGGCAGCGUGCCUUGAUGGGUCCUUCCCCCUCUGCCUUCCUCUCCCUGGCGCAUCUAGGAAACUCACUGCCCAGGAUGACCAAAACCAGGGUGACUAAGCUCACAAGUCACCCCUUACACACCUUCUGCUGGCCAAAGUGCACUUGCCUAACCCCUCAGAGCCCACCUUCAUCCCAUCACCAUGGUAACAUUCUCCUUUAAAGCAACUAUGGUGAGGGGUUUUUCCCCCCAUAGCCCAGAACCCACCUGCUCAGACACCCAAGGAGGGAAGAAAGCAGGGCCCAGGUGGUAGGGGACAGGCAACCCCAGCCUCAUAGAAGAAUGGUGGAUGGUGGCCCCAGCUGUCCCUGUCACCAACCCCAUGGCUUCGCAGCCUGGAUCUAAGAGUGAGUUGAGGCAGGAGCAUUUCUUCCAGCCGUCCACAUGGCAGGACUGAGUUGCCCCCAGGUUGCAGAAAAGCAAUGGGUACCACCCUCAUCCUCCCCUGACAGUGCCUUACCUCCCACCCCAGGAAGAGAACCUGCCGCAGGCUCCAGAGCCCUCCCACUCUGGCCACAGAUGCUUUUGGGGCCCUGCUCUAGGAUGGCCAAGGGUGACCCAGAGACUGGCCCAGUCUCCCAACGACCUCAUAGUCCGGAGAAGCAGUGCCCACUCUGCUUACCAGUGGGGCCAUGUCUUUUCCACCUGGUGGGAUGGGAUGGAGGUGAUGAACUUCCAGACCCCAACAGCCUAAGUCACACCCUCCCUGCCCACCUAGGUGUAGUUCUCAGAUAGCUGUUCCCUGGAAACCCAGGAGCUGGUGCUCCAAGACCUCAGGGUGUGGACCUCAGGGAGAGUGGGUUCGCCUCGGUGGCUAGUCAGAGCGCAUUUAGAGGUGGUGUCACGUGGGGCUGGUCCCCUUAUUCUCUCUCCACCACCCAAAGUCAGAUGGAGCCCUGGGGGCAGUCUAGGAGUUAGGGUAUAUAACUUCAAACUCCAUGUUCUUCAUAGCCAGACCACCCUAGGAGGUGGAAACUCUAGGUCUGUUUACUCCGGGGUGGAGUUUCUCGGGGAGUGAGUUGUAGGUAUGUGGGACCCACGCUGAGAGGGUUCUUCCAGGAGCCCCAGAGGGUCCUUCAGAUCGUUACUUGAGUUUUGGGAACAUGGCCAUAUUUGAUGUCUCGUCACAGAGGGGUUCGUGUCAGUAGGAUGCCCCUCCACCUGCCUCCUCUGUCCCCUGGGAACCCCAGGAACCAUCCAUGCCCCCAGGUGGGAGAACGACCGACAGCCACGCUCCUGAAGACGGAGUACCACCCUUGUGGCCGAACCCUAUGCUCAUUAGAUAUGAGUUGUUUUUAGAAUCAGACUCCAUUUUGUACUGCAUUCUAAUAUAGCGGGUAGUAUGCACCACUGAUUAAGAGAUAUUUAUGGGGGGGAGAACUUAUAUUGUGAAAAUUCUGUACAUUAAUUAUUAUUGCUGUUGUCAUUAUUUUAUAAAUUAGGGGCAGACCCUUGUUUGAUUUGAGCUGUAAAAUACAUUGGUCCAGCUUGCUAUUCAGUGGGAGAAAGGUCUGAAAAUCACUCAAGUCAUCCAACCCCAUUUUUAAAGAGCAUGGACACUCCGGGGAGGCGCUACUCACCCAACCCAUGUAACUAGCCAGAAGCUGCACCAGGCCUGGACCCAGGCUUUGGACCUGUGGUCCCGGCUCCUUUCACUGCACCGCGCUUGCGCUCAGACCCCACUUUCCACUCCCGAGCCCAGUCUUCGGGCAAAGUGCUGGAUUUUAGACAGAGCACGUCUAGAUCCCAACCUUCUGCCUUCUUUCCCUGGGUUGCCACCUCACUGACCUGUUAGGAGGGUGGGGGACACCUCAGCCUGUGUCUCAAUGUGAAUCAGAGUUCCCCCACCCCUCAAUGUGGCCCUGGCCAGAUGGGUGGGGUCUCUGUCUCAGCCCGUAUAAUGUUGUUGCCUUAUCAAUAAAGUGCAUCUGUCUUCGUAAUGUCUCCACCUUCCCAGCUCUUCUAGGCAACUGGUGACUGACCCCGCCUCCUCCAGGGAUCCCGAGCAGACACAGGGAGAAUGCCAGUUCUGCUGCAGCUCCGGGCCCCACCAAAGCCCCGCCCAUUCCCAGAGGGAGGUUUAGGAGCUGGGAGGGGCAAAAGAGAGGGACAGCGAGGUUUCAUGGGGCUGAAUUGGUAGGAAAUGUGAUUGUCACUUAUUUUGCUUUGGAAUGAGAGAAGGUGAAGGUGGAUGUUUAUAAAUCUAAAACUUUUAAAGAAUAUUACUAGAAAUCCUGGAAAGUGUGUACACCAAAAUGCCAAAUAAGCAAGAUCCCAGGAGACAGCGCCUUCUGCUGCCUAACUGGAAACGAGUGGGAGAAUCGGAGCGAGGCCAGGGGAGAGGAUGGGAAUGUAUGAGACUCGGUGAAAGCUGGGAAUGAAGAGGCAGAAAAGCAGACUUGAAAGAGUGCCUCCUGAGUUAUUUCCAAAGAAUAAAAAAUGUGUGCUAGAAAUAAACCAAUGAAGAAAGCUUUGCUUAUGGUGAUAAAAAAAAUGGAUCAUAUUUACAUAGCACUUACUUUGUGGCAAGUACUGCUGUAAAUAAAUGCUUUAU